GUGGCAGCGGCGGUCCCGCCGGCGGGCUCCGUCAGGGCUCCGUCACGGCCCCCUCAGGCCGCUGCUGAGGGGCGAGCGGCCCCCCGGCGCGGCCCGGCCCGGCCCCGCCAUGACCGACUUCAAGCUGGGCAUCGUGCGGCUCGGCCGGGUGGCCGGCAAGACCAAGUACACGCUGAUCGACGAGCAGGACAUCCCGCUGGUGGAGAGCUACUCCUUCGAGGCUCGGAUGGAGGUGGAUGCUGAUGGAAAUGGUGCUAAAAUAUUUGCUUAUGCCUUUGACAAAAACCGUGGGAGGGGAUCUGGCCGUCUCCUGCACGAGCUGCUCUGGGAGAGACACCGGGGAGGGAUUGCUCCUGGGUUCCAGGUGGUGCAUCUGAACUCGGUGACCGUGGACAACCGCCUAGACAAUCUGCGCCUGGUUCCUUGGGGGUGGAAGCCCAAAGCUGAAGAAAUCUCUAGCAAACAAAGGGAACAGAGCCUGUAUUGGCUGGCAAUCCAACAGCUCCCUACAGAUCCCAUAGAAGAGCAGUUCCCUGUACUGAAUGUAACACGCUAUUACAACGCUAACGGGGAUGUUGUGGAGGAGGAGGAGAAUUCCUGCACUUACUAUGAAUGUCACUACCCCCCAUGCACAAUGAUUGAAAAACAGUUGCGUGAAUUCAACAUCUGUGGCCGGUGCCAGGUAGCCAGGUACUGUGGGUCGCAGUGCCAGCAGAAGGACUGGCCCGCUCACAAGAAGCACUGUCGGGAGAAGAAACGCACCUUCCAGCAGGAGCUCGGACCAGAACGAUGACUGGGUGGCAGAGGCCUCUUAGCAGCAGGAUUCCUUCUCAAAGGCAUUGGACUCUUGCUUUUGCACAGUAAUGACAGACUGCUUGUUGAAGCCAGAGGCACUGAAGAAGAUAAAAGACAAACCCUGUGAUGCUUGAGCAGAACGGCUGACUGGACUAAGCCAGCUCUGACUGGUGCUGUGGAAAGGGAUUGGGUCUACCCUUCCAGUAUUAUAUUCUCAAGCAAAAAGACUACUGUGGAGGCUCCAGGCAGGAAGCUUCUCGUUAUUUAUAUGUUAAUAUGUUUGUAAAACUCAUGUACAGUUUUUGUUAGCAAUUCUUGAUAGGACUCAUCACCUGUAAUGUUCAGAUGGGAACAUGGUUGUUGGCCUAAAAAGUGAAGAAAAAGAAGUUGUGUAGCAAAAGCUUUUCCUGCCACGUGGCUGGAAGUGUGUGUGGCAGUGCCAAGGCCAGGAGGCAGGCUCCACCAUCAGCACUUGCUCUGGAGAACUCUGCAUGGAAGUUUUAUUUUUUACAAGAAAAAAAAAAAACCAAAAAGGCAAACCAAGUAAAGGUUGGAAUGAA